AUGGCUGGAGGCUCUUUAUUCUUGAGCAAUGAUGCGAAAAAGGACCCCAGCGAGAUCUUCAAUGGCCGCUUACUCUACCUAUUGGUGGCAGUAGCUUGGGCGGGCAUGUUCUAUGGCUUCGAUCAAGGCAACAUCGGCGGUAUCAUGGAACUUCCCUCUUUCGAACGGUCUUUCGGCUUGGUCGACGAUACUCAGCAGCAACGCGACGACAAGAAGGGUACCAUCGCAGCCAUGCUCGCAGCAGGUGGUUCUCUUGGGGCUCUGAUGGCUGCUCCAUCCUCGGAUUACCUGGGACGGAAAUGGUCGGUCUUCACUUACGGGCUUGUCUUCAUGCUCGGAGCUGCACUACAGAUGGUACCGAAUUUUGACGUCUUGCUUGCUGGAAGAUUCAUUGGUGGCUUGGGCGUCGGCAGUUGCAGCAUGCUAGUACCGCAGUUCCUGUCAGAGAAUGCUCCACGAUCGGUCCGAGGCUCAAUGGUAUGCACGUAUAACCUCUGCAUCAUUGUGGCUUUGAUGAUUGCCUUUUGGGUCAAUUACGGAGUUUCCUUGUGGUCUGGACCCAAUAUCGAAUAUAACACUUCCCAAUGGCAGACUGCGAUGUCCAUUCAGCUUAUUCCCGGCGGAUUCAUGUGCUUGAUGGUGCCAUUUCUCCUCGAGACGCCGCGGUACCUGAUCCGUAUUGGGAAGAACGAAAGAGGGCUUGCCAAUCUCAGCAAGCUCAGAGGUCUUCCUGCCGAUCAUCCUUAUGUUCAACUCGAAUACAAUGAGACGUACAACCAGAUCGCAGCGGAGCAGGAAAUUCAUGCUGGCAACAGCUACUGGCAAAUCCUGAAGGACAUCUUCACGAUUCCGAGUAACUUUCAGAGAUUUGUCCUCGCUGUUAUGCUCUUCUUGUUUCACAAGCUGACCGGAACUGACUCGCUCAAUUACUUCGCCCCUCGCAUCUUCCAGAUCAUCGGCGUCAGUGACGGCAACUCACUUCUCACAACGGGCGUGUACGGUGUCGUCAAGUUUGUCACCACUAUCUUCUACGUUGGCUACCUCGUCGAACAUGUUGGACGCCGUCUACCCCUCAUCGUGGGUGCGACCAUCCAGGCUUCUUGCAUGCUCUACCUGGCACUUUACGUCAGAUUCGGCCCUGACCCAGAGACUGUUACUGGCGGUACUCCAGCUGGAGGCAUCGUUGGCAUCAUUGCUAUCUACCUCUACGCUUUCGGAUGGUCGUUCGGACACUCAGUCGCAUGUUAUGUGGUUGCUGCAGAAAUAUUUCCUGCUCGUAUCCGCUCGUUUUGCAUGUCCUUCUGCUUCUUCACAAAUUGGAUCGUGAACUAUGGUAUCACGCGUGCAACACCAAACAUGAUUACAACGAUGGGCUGGGGCAUCUUUCUGAUGUACGCGGUCUUGACCUACCUCGGGGUCGGCUUCGUAUGGCUGUGCUUGCCAGAAACCAAGGGCAGAUCCAUUGAAUCUAUGGAUGACCUCUUCCAACAUCCUCUGUGGAUGAUGUGGAAAUUUGCGUACCCAAAAGAAGAGGAUAAGGUGCGAAGAGACGUUCAGGAUACUAUGAUGGAGAAAACGGUAGAUUUCGAAGAGUCACAUGCCGAUGCUAAGGGCUCGGCCGCAACGGUAACUGAGAGAGUGGAGAGGACAUGA